AUGGAAGACGAGUAUCAGCUGUUUGCGUCGGCCCUGGAGGCGCUGAUGGACAAUCCUCUGGAGCUGAUUGACCGAUUCAUGGACAUUUCGCGAGAUUUGGCUGCCCAAACGGCCCAGGAAACAGAAGAAGCUAUGGACUCGGAGAACUUCAGCAACUGGGAACUGGAGGCCCGGUUCUGGCAGCUGACUGCGACCCUCUCUGAGGCCCGAGAGCGGUUUGCCGAGACUCACAACGACGACAAGAUGGACGUGGAGGGAGACAGUACCACUACCGAUGUAUUCCCCUUCUCUUCAGACGCCAGUGUGCUUCAACAGUACAAACAGACCCAUCUUCGUGUGAUGGAGACGUUUCUGGUCAACCGGUGGCUGCAAGACAACCUGACGCCGUCGGACCACGAGAAUAUUGAGAUCUGGGGCUCCAAGUGGAUGCACACCAAGAGCGACAUUGCUUCCAAAAAACGACUUGGGGGAGGAUCUGUGGGCAACACCAGCACCCUGGUUUCGGAGAUGGACGCCGAUGCCCCCCUUCGACAAAAGAAACCAAUUGCAGGAGAAGACGCCGGAUACGACAGCAAGCUCUUCCGGGCCAUUUUUGAUCUCAUCCGAAGACGACAGAUCAAGGAGGCCAGUCAACUGGCUGAGAAGACCGGAAACUUGUCGCUCAAGAUGGCCAUUGGCGGACUUGCAGCCAUGGAGGACACUGAUGUCGAUCCUCUGGACGACGCCAAGGCUGUGGGAACCACACGAACCGCAUUAUGGCGACGAAUGUGUCUCAGUGUAGCUGCGUCGCCUAUCGGAGACUACGAGAAGGCCGUGUACGGCUUCCUGGGAGGAGAUGUAGGCACGGUUCUGGAGGUCAGCGACAGCUGGGAGACACAACUGCUGGCGUACACUAACAACAUGUGCAGCGAUCAAUUUGAGCAGGCCUUGAAUGAUGCUCACCGAGUGUCUUCUAAGACUAAGGCUCUGAUCCCACUCGUGUGUCCUGGUCACGUGUCUUCCAUGCAGGACGCUCUGGAACUGCUGGCCGAGUCUUCUAACAUUGACGUCAAGAGACAGGCCAUGAACCCCAUCCGAACCUUUGUGGGAGCGGUCAUCAACAACACAAUUGAGACCAUUGCGUCCACCUCCUCUGACGCAUUAAGAGUUGCUGCUAGCACGGGCCAGCCCAAUGCUGUUUCCGAGUCUUCCAUCAUUCUACGUGUUCUUGUGCAUCUUCUACUUGCUCUUCGCCAUGGAUAUGGAGGCCAGAAAGAACUGGAUAUCAGCCAUUACAACAUCAUCUCUGCCUACGUUGAACGGCUGGCUGGAGAGGGACACAUGGAAUUGGUUCCUCUCUAUGUUUCUUUCCUAGACUCGGAAGAUGUCACUGACCAAUACUCUUACUACCUGGCCAACAUCUCCGACCCCUCUGAACGAGAGCAGCAGAUACACCUGGCUAACCAAUACGGAGUUGACAUCAAGGCAUGUGUCAAGGCUGCUGUUGCGCGUGUCUUUGAUGAAAGCAUGUCCCAGUACGUCAUUCCUGACAUCAUUGCUGUGAAGUUCGACAACCAGGUCGAAGACACCGAUGUGCGCCUCUACCGGGCUGUGGAGUGGUUUGAAGACGUCAAAAUGUGGUCUGAGACCAUCGAUGCCUCUGUCAAGCUUCUCAGACGGUUCUUGCUUUGUGGAAAGGUCGGAGCUGCCCGAGAAGCUGGUAUGCGUCUCAAUGUGCCCAUGCUGAUGCAGCAAUACCAGGCAGACACUCUGGGAGCCGAUGGUAACGAGCUCGACGAGCUUGUCGCUCGGGAACUCGAGCAGCUCUACGAUCUCAUUCUCUUCCUGGACGCCGUGCACAGCUGGGAAGAGCUCAUGAACUCCCCCAGAACCCAUGAGAAUAACACCCAGAUUGCCCAUAAGGUAACCGAGAUUGCACGGCAGUCCGACAAGCUGAUCCACGAUUGGCUCAUUGAACUCCUGCAACAAUACACAGAGAACCAAGAGAUCAGGCCACAGGACUACACCCACCUGUCUCAUCUCAGACAGAUCUACAUCCCCUAUGUCAUUCUUCAGCUACUGUCUGUCUAUGUCAGAUCGCGGCACAUUGACCCUCGAUUUGUUACCGACGCCAUCGAACUGUCUGUUCUUGUUGCCGACGACCAGCAACAAAUCUACCGGGACUUUGUCGACUCCGGACGGCUGGAAGAGUUCCUCCAGUGCAUUUUCCAGGCUUCUGCUCUGAUGAAUUAG